GUGCAGGGGGCUGCAGAUACUACACUAAGGAAUCUAAGGGUAGGGUUGAUAGUCACAAAGUUGAUGCAGUUGACACAACAGGUGUAGGUGAUGCUUUUGUUGCUGGAUUGCUGAAUAGUUUGGCUUCAGACCCUACUUUGUACAAGGAGGAAGAGAAAUUAAGGGAAGCUCUUGUCUUUGCGAAUGGCUGUGGUGCUCUCACAGUGAUGGAGAAAGGAGCGAAGGUGGAGGGUGGAAGGCUGUUGCUGAGUGGUGGCUGUUGCUAGUGUCACAUUGUUCAAGGAUCAUGCCCUGAGUGGUGGCUGUUGCUCCUCUUCUGGCUGUGAUCUGUGUUGCUGUGGUCUGAAAGGUGGCUCUCCAUCCUCUCCCAUCUGCUGCUAUGUGUUCUGUCCCAGCUGCCGUGGGAGUUUUGUUUUGCUGAUACAUUUUUAACUCUGGAUGCUUGCUGCUAUAUGACUAUAUUUGGGGUGUUGGGCUAGUAGUAGUUCUCAAUCUGCGGUGGUUGGUUGGUUCUUCUUCUUCUUUUUUCUUUUCUCCGUUGGUCUCUCACCAACUUUGGGGUGCUAGCAGAUGAUAGGGGGAGCUCUGUGGUGCCAACCUAGUUGGGAUCAUUUAGCUCUCUGUGAUGCUUUCGCACUUCUCUUUCCUUUAUUGAUGUAUUUUAUCUUGUACCUUGUACUUGUUCAUUUCAUCAAUAAAGUUUAUUUUUUGCCGAUCAAAAAAAAAA